GAUAGCCGAUAGCAGUUACCCACAACAGAGAUGAAAGUGGCUAGCUAACUUAGCAUGUUUUAAUGGAGCCUGACCGGGGGGCGGAAAACACGAUGGAGUGGCAGCGACUGGCGUAGUUUCACCUGGGAACAGAGUUAAAACUCCACAAGCUCGCACACAGUAUCCGAGCACUGAGAGAAAUAGCACGAUAUGCAGCCAUGAAGCGGGUUCGCACUGAGCAGAUCCAGUAUGCUGUGACUCAGUACCUGAAGCGGCGACAGUAUGUGGACACUGACGGCUCCCUGAAAGGAGCCAAGCUUUUCCAGUCAGCAGAGGAGAUGGCUGCCAGCCUCACAGUGCAGACGGAGUCGGGUUGUGCCAACAUCGUUUCUGCCGCGCCGUGCCAGUCCGACCCGCAGCAGUACGAGGCUCAGUUCUCCAGGCUGCGCUCCUUCCUCUCAGAAACAGAAAUAUCCUGGGCGAAGGAGGUGAGCAGCCUCCUCUACCCACUGUUUGUCUACCUCCACCUGGACUUGGUGCACUGUGGCCUGAAGGGAGCAGUAGAUGGCUUUUACAGUCGUUUCCACAGCGCCUUUCUCCAGGACAGCGAGCAGCGUGCCACCAUAGAGCAACUCCGUCAGGUUCUCACCGCCCAGGACGUCGCAGCCAACUCAAAGCUGAGCGCCUUCCUGGAGCACAAAUACGUGGUGCACCUAACAGAGCCGGCCUACAGCUACCUGCUGCGCUUCCUGCAGAGUGAGGAUAACAGCGCCAUCUGCAGGGCCCUGAGCACACACCUGCAGGUGGAGGUCACCGCCUCAAGCCGCACAGACUACCAGCUUUAUGGAGCUGCCAGCGGGGUGACCGCCGCUCCAAACUCCACCUCUUCCUGGGCGGGAGUAGAUGGGGCAGAGGGCGGGGAUGGGGUGGAGGUCCCUGCAGGGAUACCACAGAGCGAAGUGGCCCUGGAGGCUCUGCAGGACUGCAUCAAGAAGGUCCGCGAGGGCCCGCCCACGCUCACCACCGUGUGUUUCUACGCCUUCCACAACACGGAGCAGAUGCUGAACACGGCGGAGGUCUCUGCUGACAGCCGGCUGCUGUCUGCCGGAUUCGACAGCUCCACGGUGAAACUGUGGAGCCUGCGAGCUAGAAAACUGAAAGCCAAACCUCAUCAGGCUGACGUGUCGCACAUUCACCUGGCCUGUGACGUACUGGAGGAGGAGGAGGACGAAGAGGACGGCUCCGGCAGCGAGAUAAAGACGCUGCGAGGUCACAGCGGCCCAGUGUUUCGCACAGCCUUGACAGACAGCUCCGGCCUGCUGUCCUGCUCCGAGGACACCACUGUCCGCUACUGGGACCUGGGCAGCUUCACCAACACGGCGCUGUACCGGGGCCACGCGUACCCGGUGUGGGACGUGGACGUCAGCCCCUGCAGCCUUUACUUCGCCAGCGGCUCCCAGGACCGAACCGCCCGCCUCUGGACGUUCUCCCGCACCUACCCGCUGCGGAUCUACGCCGGGCACCUCGCCGACGUGGACUGCGUCAAAUUCCACCCAAACUCCAGCUACCUGGCCACCGGCUCCACAGACAAGACUGUGCGUCUGUGGAGCACCCAGCAGGGGGCGUCUGUUCGCCUCUUCACCGGACACCGUGGCCCUGUGCUGUCCCUCGCCUUCUCCCCCAACGGGAAGUACUUGGCGUCCGCCGGCGAGGACCAGAGGGUGAAGCUGUGGGACUUAGCUUCAGGGAUGUUGUUUAAAGACCUGCGGGGACAUACGGACAGCGUCACCAGCCUGUCCUUCAGCCCCGACAGCAGCCUGGUGGCGUCGUCGUCUAUAGAUAACUCGGUGCGAGUGUGGGACAUCAGGAACUCCCACGGCAUUGCACCGGCUGACGGGUCUUCUAAUGAAAUGGUGGGACUGUACACGGGGAGCACCAGCAACGUGCUGAAUGUCCAGUUCAUGGCCUGCAACCUGCUGCUGGUGACAGGAACCGCACAGGAGAAAACAGAACAGUAGCCACAUCCGCUCACGUUUUGGAGGUAUCUCCAGAUCUUUGUUGAGAUUCACCAGUUUUUCACAGAGACUCUUACGGAUUAAUGGCAACACCUGCACAAGAGUCAGAGAUCCUCUUUAGUUCCUUUUUCCAAACUGGCUUGGAUUUUCACUUCCAGACAAUUGUUAACUUGUCUCCUGUGUUAUUGUCUAAUUACCAAAGCGUCUCCACUAGAUGUCAGUAUUAAAUAGUUCCUCAGUGUAAAGGUCUGGUGCCUUGCUGUUUACUCUGCUGUCGUGCACAAGUUUCAUGAUCUCUAAACGCAGCAUAUUAAUGUGACUGUUGGAAAGUAUUCUUCCUGUUGAAGAAAACAAAAAGUAGUUUUACCCCCCAAAAAAACCCUAAAAAUGCUUCUGUUCUGACCCGAGGAAUAUCAUAGACUGUAAAUCCUAAAAAAGGACAAGCCAAAACAGGUUGCUCCAGUAAGUAUUAUGGGAUGAACUGUUCGUGGUGUACAGAAUAUACGCGGUACCUUCUGCAGAGACAAACACUUCCACCUGUUUACCAUGAUUCAUGUGCAAAUGCAUUUUAGAGAAACCGUUUGAGCUGUUUUUCUCAGAAACGGCCGGAAAAAACAAAACAAAAACACCUUCCAGGAAAUCUGAAACCUCUUAUUUACCUACACGGGUUGUGCAGCUAGGCUAAUCCGGUGGGUAAGGCUGAGUAUCGUCUGAACAUUUCUAUCUCUUCUGCUGAAGUCAAAACAAACCUUAAUUUCAAUAGAUUACGUUUAGGAAUUUAAAUAUGCUUUACUACAAACAUUAUUUGUUUUUUCAAAUAAGAAAAUAAACCUUAUUGUUGUCUAAACCCGAGCAGAGGUACAAGAAGGUGUCUUAAUAUUUUAAUUUUGAAUUAGCAACAAUCUGAAAUGGACUAGAUGACAAAUCUGACCAGACAUUCAUUUUUGGCACUUUGGGCAAAAAAAUAGAAAGCUGAACGUCUAUGACUUAUUGGAAAAGGCUAUUGACAUGGAUACCCUUUUUUCUGGUCGCAGGCUAUCCUUUUUGGUACUAAAGUAAGAACAAAUGUGAAUUUAAAGGAGUUUUCUCUUUUCUUUUUGCAACUAAAACACACGCAUGACUCGGGUAAGACCAGGCAAACAAUGAUCUAAAUGCCGGACUGCUCCUUUCAAAGAUCUCUUUUUUGUUUAACCUGCCAAUACCACUUUUCAUCUUCUGCCCCUCUCCUAUCAAAUGCACUUGAUCAAUUGAAACAACAGCUUCCAUAAGGUCUAAACACAGAGAGAAUAUCGUCCCAAAACAUAGUGACAUGAAGCUCUAUAUCAGUUUAUGUUGUUAAACAAAUCAAUAUCUACAGGAAGAACAUUUUCAGAACAGGAAAACCUAUUAGUUGCAUUGUGAUGUUCAUGGGGUUGAGAAACUGUAUUAGGAGGAUUUAGGGUCUCAAAGGUCAAAUACAAACACUAAAGACCAUGGGAACUUAAAAAAACAACAACAGCCAAACAGGAAGUGGUUGUUUCUUCUCUAGGUUUCUCAAAAUUGUAAAUAGCCUUGUUGAGGAAAUAUCUAAGAAUCAAAGGCUGUAUUUUUCGCACAAACUGUGCAAGGUUUAAAAAGUGUAAAUAAUUUGUAUUUUUGUAAUAUUUUGGCUACAAAGCGUCGGCUUCCAGGUUGCGCUUACAGAGGGCUUACACACAUUGGUUCAGAUAUCACACGUUGAAAGUGUGAUUUGUAUUUUUGUUUUGUUUUAUAUAUAUGAAGUUGUUUUGAAUAUUUCAAUCAGGAAUCAGCCUGGAAGACGUCUUUUAUGUUUGUCAGUACGCUUUUGUUCCCUCCUGUAGCCCUAAAAACAAGGAAUAAAUAACAGAAUUUAUUUGAAAAAA